CAUCUCAGCUGUCGACAUGCCAUCCAGACUGAGGAAGACCCAGAAACUUAGGGGCCACGUGAGCCACGGCCACGGCCACAUCGGCAAGCACCGGAAGCACCCAGGAGGCCGAGGUAAUGCUGGUGGCCUGCAUCACCCCAGGAUCAACUUUGACAAAUAUCACCCCAGUUACUUUGGGAAAGUUGGUAUGAGGCAUUACCACUUAAAAAGGAGCCAGAGCUUCUGCCCAACUGUCAACCUUGAUAAACUGUGGACCUUGGCCAGUGAGCGGACACGGGUAAAUGCUGCCAAAAACAAGACUGGAGCUGCCCCUAUCACUGAUGUGGUGCAAUCGGGCUACUACAAAGUUCUGGGGAAGGGAAAGCUCCCAAAGCAGCCUGUCAUCGUGAAGGCCAAGUUUUUCAGCAGAAGAGCUGAGGAGAAGAUUAAGGGUGUUGGAGGGGCCUGUGUUCUGGUAGCUCGAAGCCACAUGGAAGGAAGUUCAUUAAACUCAAGUGUUUUUCUCUAA